CCGCCGCCGCCGCCUCCUCCGGGAUGAGCAGCACCGACCUGGAGCGCGUGUCGCUCAGCUCCUCGGCGAACUCGGUGGCGUCGAGCGCGCGGACGCUGUCGGCCAACGUGCGGAAGCUCCACAACGCGCUGAACCUGCUGCUCAGCGACCCGGAGCGGGAGCAGUUCAUCCACUGCCUGAACGUCUACCACUCCAAGCGCAACGUCUACGACCUGGUGCAGACCCUCAACGUGAUCCUCAACGCGCCCAGCAAGAGGCAGCUGCUGCCCAUGCUGCGGCUCGUCAUCCCCCGCUCCGACCAGCUCCUCUUCGAGCAGUACACCUCCGAGGGCCUCUACCUAAAGUCCGGUCUGGCCGCGAACAACGGCGACGCGGAGCCAGCGCCGGAGCCGGCGGCGGGGGACCUCUCCGGCAGCCCGACGCCCUCCGGGCACCUCUCCCCGGGCAACGCGCCCGGGUUCCAGGUGGCGCUGCGCGGCUCUCCGGACAGCUUCAGCACCAGCAGCGACGGGACAGCUCCCCUGGUGCCGCUGCUCGGCCGCAACUUCAUCCACGAGCCGCCCGGAGAGCUGCGCCAGGUCACCAUGAAGCGGCACAAGAGCAACGAGGGCCUGGGCUUCAGCAUCCGCGGCGGCUCGGAGCACGGCGUCGGGAUCUACGUGUCCCUGGUGGAGCCCGGGAGCCUGGCGGAGAAGCAGGGGCUGCGGGUCGGGGACCAGAUCAUGAAAGUCAACGACAAAGUCUUCGAGAAAGUCACCCACGCUGAGGCCGUGAAGRUGCUGAAGGGCAGUAAAAAGCUUUCUCUCUCUGUGCGCUCGGUGGGGAGGAUCCCCGGCGGCUACGUCACCAACCAUGUUUACACGUGGGUGGACCCUCAGGGCCGCAGCGUGUCUCCGCCUCCAGACCUGCCCGAGCAUCGGAGCGCCACCCUGAGGAGAACCGAGAGUCAGAGGAGGAGCAACAUGCAGCUCCUGCAGGAAGGAGACGAGAAGAAGGUGAACCUGGUUCUGGACGACGGGCGCUCUCUGGGUCUGAUGAUCAGAGGCGGAGCUGAAUAUGCGUUGGGGAUUUACAUCACCGGCGUGGACAAAGGCUCAGCAGCAGAGUGUGGAGGGCUGAAGGCUCUGCCAGCCCCUCCCACCACGCCUCUCUGCUCCGCUCCUCUCCCGCAGGUCGGCGACCAGAUCCUGGAGGUGAACGGCCACAACUUCCUGAGCGUCCCGCACGACGAGGCCGUCCGGGUCCUGAAGUCCUCGCGGCACCUGAUGAUGACGGUGAAGGACGUGGGCCGCCUGCCGCACGCCAGGACCGUGGUGGGCGAGACCAAGUGGAUCGCCAGCUCGCAGAUCGCCGAGACCUCCGCCAACAGCAGCGUGGCGAGCUUCUCUGUGGAACAAGGAGCCUCGGCAGCAGGAAAGCCUGGGUUCUAUAAGGGCGUGGCGGGCUCCCAGGUGACCCUGUCCAGUCUGGUCAACCAGUCGCGCGCCAUGCUGGAGGAGCAGGCGCGCCACCUGCUGACGGAGGCGGAGCGUCAGACCAUGAGCUACUACGUGGAGGAGUACCGGGACGGACACGUGGGCGUGGAGCAGCUGGUCAUGGCGCUGUUCGAGCUCCUCAACACGCAUGCCAAGUUCUCUCUGCUGUCGGAGGUCCGGGGUCUGGUGGCCCCCCAGGACCUGGAGCGGUUUGACGGGAUGGUGCUCCGGCGGGAGAUUCAGGCUCUGAAAGCUCGACAGGGUCCAGCCGGGGUCGGGGCCGUGCAGCCGGACUCCCUGUCCAUGGUGUCGUACCCGGACACGCUGACCUCGUCCUCAGCCAGCUUCAUGACCAACACCACCCUGAGCUCAGCACGGAACGACAGCGUGGCAGAGAGCACCGAGGAYGAUCCUCCGGAGAGUCUGAACACGCUGCUGACCGACGUCUCUCUGCCGGGGCUUCUGGAGCCCACCUCCACACUGGUGAGGGUGCCAAAGAGUGCCAGCACGCUCGGUAUCGCCAUCGAGGGCGGAGCAAACACUCGCCAGCCGCUGCCACGGAUCGUCACCAUACAGAGGGGGGGCUCGGCUCAUAACUGCGGCCAGCUGAAGGUGGGCCAGGUCAUCCUGGAGGUGAACGGGGUCUCCCUGAGGGGCCACGAGCACAGGACGGCCGCCCGCCUCAUCGCCGAGGCCUUCAAGACCAAAGAGAGGGACCACGUGGACUUCCUGGUGACCGAGUUCAACGUGGCGCUAUAGCUGCGAGCGCCGCUGACGAGCCGAGACACGACCGAUCAAAGGCACAAGUUUCCCACCUGAUCUGAGCCCGUCUGAACCCGAACACCUGAACUUCCUGCAGGAACCGUCAACUCGUUACCUCCGGCUGUCAGACCUGACGCAGGCGAGAGCAGCCCACCUUCACCUUCUUUUGUUUUCUGUUGGUUCUCUGACUCCGCCCACAGCCCCGCCCCACGUCGGUUUAGUUAUUUCUGCUUAUGAAACGACUGAACUGAUUCUGACGUCUGACUUCACAGUUUGGAUUUGUAAAAUGGACAAAUGUAGAUACAGAUGGAUUUAUGCUGCACAGUAAAUUCUCCUCUAUGAUACCAUUAAAGCCUGUGAGCUCUG